UUAUCCUAUACUCUGCUCUGCAAAAAUUCCUCUCUCAUUUCUUCUCAUACUUUCUCCCCUCUUUGCAAACUCCAUCUUAAUUACCUCUUCCAUCACUGGGUAUGGCGGCUUUUGGUGCUGUAACCAUUUUAAUGGACACACUCCAUCAACACUUCCUCCAACCCACACCCCUUUUCCCUCUUCGCAACAAAACAAAGGUCAAAUUACUUUACAAAAAUCUGUCUUCUUUGCAAACCUCUCUUGAAAAAGAUUUCAAACUGGGGUACUGUGAUGAAACAAUGAAAGCUUUGGAAGCACAAAUGAGAGAUGUCUCCAUUGAACUAAGAUUCCAAAUUGAACACCAUUUGACAUUGUUUUACUUGGGGAAAUCCAUGAAGCUUAGGCUUCACUCUGCUCAAAAGCUUCUUCCCAUUUUGAAUGCAGCAAUUAAUGGCGGCAUAGAAACUAUGGAUUUGAAUUGUGUGAUGGAGAUCCUAAGGAAGCACUUCACGCUGCCGGUAUCAGGCAUGCCACCUCGUAUAUACAAAAGGGUCAAAUCUUUUUGCAUCCAGCAUAAACUCUUUCUCUAUGGAGAACAAUAUGAAGAACGGACGGGAUAUGAAGAAGAGAGUGAGGAUGAUGAACAACAGAUUGAUGACGAGGAAUGCCGGUUCCUGGGGAACAUAGUAGUCCUCGUAAUACGGUACUUCAUAAGGCCCGUAUGGCGCCUGUUGUCUCAAGUAAAGAAAAAGGUGAAAUCUUGUUUCAGACGGGAAAGGAAAAGCGAUGAUGAUGAGAAAGAGAGCGAGAAUGGCGAACAGAGUGAUGAUGAAAAAGAUAGUGAUGAUGAAGAAGAGAGUGAGGAUGAUGAGCAAGAUAGUGAUGAUGAUGAAGAAGAGGCAGAGAGGAGGAAACAACGGAUUAGACAAAAUUUGUUGUCUAUGAUGUACAUGUUGUAUGAAGCAGAAAGUGUAAUCAGACAAGAAGUGAGAGCCUCUUAUCUCAAUAAGUACAUGAAACAACGGAUUCUGGCUACACAAAGGAUUCGUCAACUCUUCAUCCAAGGUAUUAGCCUCACAUCAAACAUCAACAAACACAUGUUGAAGCUUAAGAAUGCAUACCACCAAUCCAACAACUCACAAAACAACAACAACAACAACAACAAUCCUGCAGCUUCUCUUAGAGGGCUGGAAUUCGAUAACAUUACAGUUGGUGAUUCCAAGUCUACAAUCAAAAUGGUGGGCUGCGAUGAUGUGUUCAACACCAUAAUGGACAACCUGAGCCAGAAAUCCUCAAAACGAGAAGUUGUUUCGAUUGUGGGAAUGGGUGGCAUCGGCAAAACCACCUUAGCUAAAAAGAUUUAUGAAGAUUCUUCAUUCAUUUCUUACUUUGAUUGUCGAGCUUGGGUUACUAUCUCACAGGAUUAUAAUCCAACACAAGUGUUCCAAUGCCUGCUUCGUUCUCUUGCCCCUGCAGGGGCCAGUGACAACAAUGGAGCUAGCAACUAUGAAUUGGCUGAGCAAGUAUACAGGCUUCUAAAACAUCGAAGGUAUUUGAUUGUAGUAGAUGAUAUUUGGACUACAAAUGUUUGGGAUGAUUUAAUGAGAUAUUUUCAGGAUGACAAUAUUGGAAGUCGAAUAUUGUUAACCACUCGACAAAAAAAUGUGGCUGAGUAUGCUGAUUCAGGUAAUCAUUUUUGCCAUACCUUACCUUUUUUGGAUUCAAAUGAAAGUUGGGAUCUUUUCCAGAGCAAGAUCUGUAAGAGAUCAAUAACUCUACUGUCCCCUGAAUUUGAAAAAAUUGGUAGAGAGAUAGUAGACAAGUGCAAAGGAUUACCUCUUGCAAUUACUGUGGCUGCUGGACUCCUCUCAAACUCCAACCAAACCUUUAUUCAUGAAUGGGAGCAUAUUGCAAAAUGUGUCCCUGCUUUGAGUUUAGAUCAUUCUAAUCAUCAGGGUGAGAACAUCAUUUAUUUGAGUUACACCUUCUUGCCUCAUCAUCUUAAGCUUUGUUUUUUGUCAUUUGGGUGUUUUCCAGAAGACGAUAUGAUUUAUGAAAGUAGGAUCGUUGAUUUUUGGGUUUCAGAGGGAUUUCUAAAGGUUUUGAAGUCUGAGAGCUUGAAAGAUGUGGCAAGGAAAAAUUUACAAGAUCUUGUAGAUAGAAAUCUUGUUCUAUUUAAUCAAUAUAGAAAUGGUGUAAAAUUCUACCAAAUGCAUGAUGUCUUGCGUGAAUUGGUUUUGAGAGAAGUCCAAAAAGAAAAUCUUUUAUGUUCCAAGAAGGGUUAUACUAUAAGUUUGAGGUGGAAGAGAAAUCAAUCAAUAAACUCUUCCCAUAUAUCUCAACCAUGGAGUGUCCAAUCGAGAAUUUGCAGUUACAACAGUAUAACUCCUACUAACAACACUUCUUCACUGAUGGAUGGUAUUUACACUUCAACAGGGGUGGGGGCGCAUGCACAGUUUAAGUUUAUAAGGGUAUUUGCUGUAAUCAGUGAGGUGAUAAAUGUCCAUAAUAUUUUUUUGAAGAUGGUGGGUCUAGUGCAUCUGAGAUACAUAUGUAUUUCUUGUGGGUUAAAUAUCCAUUAUUUGCCGUUGUUCAUGUUGCGGAAUCUACAGAUGCUAGAAGUUGGUGUUUAUUCAUCAUGUGAACCCCUUGAUAUUUGGGGAUUACCUCAACUGAAGAAUAUCACUAUUUCUAGUAGCAUUACACUAGUUCCUCCAAGAUCGGUUCAUCAUAAUUUGGAGAGCAUUCAAAGUUUGGAUUAUAGGAGUUGUACAAAGGAGUUGUUCCUGAGGAUCCCAAAUCUAACGACAUUGACAGUUUCUACUAAUCAUGAAAUUAAAUGCAAAACUCCCAAUUGGUUUGAAAGUCUUGUCUAUUUAAAUAAAGUGGAAGCACUAGAGGUUGAUGCCGAACUUGGGGAGUUUAGUACUAUUUAUUCUAAGGGGAUGCUAAGCCUAGAGAAUUUUUUGCCAAAUCUUAAGCAUUUAAAUUUGUCUAAAACAAAUUUAAAAUGGAAGGAUAUGGAUGUUGUUGGUAAGUUGUCUAAGCUUGAGGACCUCAGUUUGGGUGGUUAUGCUGUUAAGGGUCAAAAAUGGAAACCCAAAGAUGGAGGAUUUUGUCGGCUAAGAUUCUUGAAGAUAUAUUCGAGGCCUCUACAAUAUUGGGAAGCCACUAGUAAUCAUUUUCCAGUCCUUGAAAAGCUAGACAUUGCUUUCAUAAAAUUGAAAGAAAUUCCUAGUGGUUUUGCAGAAAUAACUACUUUCAAAUCAAUCAAUUUAUUUGGUUGUUUAGAGUCACUUAUAUCAUCUGCUGAGCGUAUUCAAAAAGAGAAACAAGAGUAUGGAAACGACACAUUUGUUGUUGAUAUUAUCAGAUUGUAGCAGCUAGGUUGCCCAGAGGUUGGCAAUUAGUGAAGAAAAUGCCAAAAAUUCACAUUAGCUACUGCUUUAAUUACAUUAUGCUUCCAUGAAGUCAAUUCUAAAGGGAUUUACCUCUCAUUACCACACACAACAGCCUCUGCCAUAACUGGAUUGAAUUGAAGCGCUAGCUGAGGUUGUCUGUUCAUAAGUUCCAUGAAGAUGAGAUGAGAUGAGAUAGAUGCAGCCAAGACACCACACUACAUCUACUAUACAACAGCACUGUAAUCUGAAGCCUUCAACAGAGCAGAAGCUCCAUCGGUCCCCUGCUGGAGGUUUUGAGCUGAUAAGUUGCGGAAUGGAUUAAAUUGUGAGAGUAUUUUGUACGUGCAUUGAAGAAUUUGGGUCAACGCUAAUGCUGGCACGCAUGACGGCAAAUUAAGAUUUAAGGACGGAAGCAUCAAGGAUUUCUAGUGGUUUUGUAAAUAUAGUUACUUUCAAAUUAAUCAAGUUUUUGGUAUAAAAGAGGUAUGAACUUGUUUUUGUUUUGUUGUAUAACUUAUUGGAUUCUUAUUAUUUGUAUCUAUUAUCUUGAUUAAAAAUUCCUCUAUCCAUAGCUCAAA